CUUUCACUUUGAAAACGUCGGACGCGUUUCAGCUUCAUGUUCAGUGUUUUUAUUUAACAUUUUUGAGUCUGUGAGACAGUAAAUGAGUAUGGGUAACUCAGAAAACACGUUUAAAGAUUAUGACUCAACGUGGGACGAUGAAGACGACUAUGAGGGCACUACCGAGCAUUUUAAGUCUUGGUCAUCGAAUACACAAAGGAACCCACAUGCUGCAGAAGACAUGCAGAAAUACAGACGCUCAUGUCGGAUGAUGUUGCUUGAUGAUGUCGCAGAUCAUGAUGUGGCCAAUGACACGGACCCAGCAAAUUUGUGGUUUUAUCAAAAUAAGAUCCCCUUCAGUGCUGAUGGUAUUUGCAUUGAGGAUUUUCACAUGGAGUGGUUUGGUGAUUACCACAGGCUGGAACACGUGCACUCCUUCAUCCAAUGGCUCUUUCCGACUGACGAGAAAGGAAUGAAUGCAAACGAAUGCAUGUAUGGAACAAAUGUGCUUGACACAAAAGCAAUCAAGUUGUUUCGCAGGAAUGAGAAACUGAAGAGAAGAUUGUUAACAUCUUACAAGCUGAUGUUGGAUUUCUACGGAAUAGAACUUGUCAGUGAGAAAACUGGAGAAGUGAAACGAGCGGUGAACUGGGUAGACCGAUUUGCAAACCUCAACAGAAACACACACAACAAUUUUCGCAUUACCCGCAUCCUAAAGUGCUUGGGAUUACUGGGGUUUCAUCACUACCAAGCACCGCUGGUUCACUUCUUCCUCGUGGAGACCCUGGUGAAAGGCACACUUCCGCGAGUAAAGCAGAGCGUUCUGGACUACUUUAUGUUCACAGUGUUGGACACAGUCAAAAGAAAAGAGUUGAUCAAAUAUGCCUUGUUGUAUUUUGAACCGAAAGAGAAAUUUGUUUGGUGCCCUAGUAGGAUUCGAAUAAAGUUUUUGAAGGAGGUCGCACAUGCACACAAAGUAACAGAGCACUACCCAAAAUGAAAAAGUGGAAUAUAAGCUUGAAAAAUAAGAAAAUGCCAAAGUGUUUAGAAUAAUGAACAGGGCAAUUUAGCAGCAAAAGUGUGCAGUACAGUAAUACUACAGAUAAUAAGAGUAGGCCUAUAUGUACAAUGAUUAAUGGAGGGUGGAAUGAUGUAAUUAAAUAGAUGGCCAUGUACUGCAAAAUAUUUUCCUUAAUGAGGUUCUCUUUAUCUACUCUCAUUAUUAAUCCUCCCUGAGUUUUUCCAUGGUGAUAUGUCUGCAUUAAUAUAUAUAUAUAUAUAUAUAUAUAUAUAUAUAUAUAUAUAUAUAUAUAUAUAUAUAUAUAUAUAUAUAUACACACAGUACACACACACACAGUAUAUAUGUCAGGAUUGUGAAGAGUCUGCUGUCAAGAAGCAUUUAUAUCUAUCAUCUGGGUGGAAAAAAAAAGGAAGCAGAAGAGCAGAAAGACACCGGGUAAGAUUCCGGGUAUUUCAUUAAAAUGGAAAAGUUUUGUGACUUGUUAAUACCUGGAGUAAGAUAUGUUAUACUUACACACACAUCAAGUUAUAUGGCCAUUGGGCCAUUAUGUGUAAAGAGACCUUUAGAAAUUCUCCACACCUCUUUAGCUAGUCAGCUAAUUAAGUGCUCAGUUAAUUUAUGUUUUAUGAAAUACCUAGUGAAUAAUUUCACUGAACUGUAUAUGGUUGAAAUGACAAUAUGAAAUAAAACUAGCUGAUUAUACAUAACUUACCAUAAGUCACA